AUGGACCCUGUAAGUGUUGCCGGCCUUGUCAUAGCCGUUGCACAGGUGACAACGGCCUGCCUCAAGGCCAGCCAAAAAUAUGUGGGAGCCUCCCAGCAUAGUUCCAAAGAGCUACGGGACAUCCACUCAGAUCUCAUCUUUUUCCAUAAAACAAUCAAGAACUUAGAGCGAGAGCUGAAGACGAGCGAGGAAGAUCAAGGCAGACUCCAAGCCCUACUCGGCCUCCGGGAGCCUCUCGAAACAUCGCAAAAAGCUUUGGACACGAUUAAGACUCGACUGGAAGAUGUGACAUUCGUGCGCAAACACGUGUUUGGAGCCCGUUUCGAUCAGCAACUGAAGGUCUGUUUAAGGUCUUCUGCACAUUUGCUGGUUACUUUGCGCCCGGCAAGCUCUAUACCACAUGAAUUGCAUGAUGCAAUACGUCUCGAGAUCUAUGCUUCAGACACCGAUCUCGAGAAUUAUACACGAUUCAAGACCCGGCAAGACCGUUGCUUAGCACGUUACAUGGCGCAGGAUCCCCCUUUCCAAGAAGAGGUCGUGGCGAAAAUUGUUGGUAACGCCAGAGUCCAGUCACACUUGGAAUCGCUUGCGAAACAGAAGACCAAGAAGGACAUGCGCAAGGCUCUAAGCUCUUUACCCAAGGAACUAAACAAGACUUACGAUGACGCCAUGAAAAAAUCCGAUCUCAAGACCCAGAGUCUGUUCGCGUAG